CUGCAGAAUGGAAACUUAUUGCUGGACAUUGAUGAAAAUCUUGUUUCAGUCACUCAGGCUGUUACCCAACUAGAGCUUUUUGGGGACAUGUCUACUCCUCCUGAUGUAACCUCUCCCCCAACUCCUGCUACUCCAGGUGAUGCCUUUAUCCCAUCUUCAUCCCAGUCACUUCCUGCUAGUACAGACAUGUUUGGUUCUGUACCUUUCAGCACUGCUGCCGUACCCUCAGGUUAUGUUGCCAUGGGAGCUGUUCUGCCCUCAUUCUGGGGACAGCAACCACUUGUUCAACAGCAGUUGGCCAUGGGUGCUCAGCCUCCAGUUGCUCAGGUGAUGCAGGGAGGACAGCCGAUAGCGUGGGGCCAACCCGGUAUUUUUCCUCCUACUCAGCAACCGUGGCCAUCUGUAGCUGGUCAGUUCCAACCAACUGCCUUCAUGCCAACACAAACUGUUUUGCCUUUACAAGCAGCCAUGUUUCAAGGUACCAUUGCUCCUAUUGCUACUGUUCCACCCACAAGUGAUUCCAACAGGUCGAGUCCACAGACAGACAGGGCCAGACAGAAAAUGGGAAAAGAAAUGUUUAAAGAUUUCCAGAUGGCUCAGCCUCCACCAGUGCCAUCAAGAAAACCAGAUCAGCCUUCCCUCAGUUGUACCUCAGAGGCCUUCUCAAGUUACUUUAACAAAGUUGGGAUGGCACAGGAAGCAGAUGAUUGUGAUGACUUUGACAUCUCUCAGUUAAAUUUGACUCCUGUGACUUCCACGACACCAUCUACGAAUUCACCUCCAACCCCUGCACCCAGACAGAGUUCUCCAUCGAAAUCAUCAGCAUCUCACACCAGUGAUCCUGCGGCAGACGACCUCUUUGAAGAGGGGUUUGAAAGCCCAAGCAAAAGUGAGGAGCAAGAGGCUCCUGAUGGGUCUCAGGCCUCAUCCAACAGUGAUCCAUUUGGUGAGCCAACUGGUGAUACUAUAAGUCCACAGGUCGGUAGCUAG